CGACGGAGGAUGAGCUUAUUAUCACAUGAAGUCGUCCUUCUUGUGUAUUUGGACUUUUGGAGUUUGUAUUGCGAUGUGUAGCCUCAUCUUUAUUGAAUUCUCCGUGUUGAUAUAGUCACAGAUGUCUUUCCAGGGAUUUCAUUCAUUUCUUGGGUCGUAGUACGUCGGUUUGUGUUGUUAUUUACGCUGGUUUUGUCCCUUCCGUCUGCGAUUCAGGUGUCAGUCUGCGGAGCAAGUGAUGUGCAUUUGUAUGUGCUUUGGGCACAGAGUUCAGACAAUAGUCCUAAGUCAGCAGCUUGGUAAACAUGUGUAUCCACACCUCAAGGCCAAUGAAGGAUGUUGCCGAGCAUACAAUCGGUAGCUAGCAGGCAUGGUAGUCCUAAUCGCCAGCACAAGAGGUCGUCAUCAAGUGGCGGCUUCUUUGAAGAACCAGUAGUGCCAAUUCCCAUGGCCAAAGAAUGUACAGAAAGUACCGAAUCUAGUCAAACACGCAAUCAUCCCAGCGGACAAAAGCCAAGAUAUGUUGCUGAGGGUAUGAAUGGAUCUGCAACAAAUGAUGGAAGAAAGCCAACAAGAGUCAAACUAAAGAAGGCUCUGAGUCCCAACCACAAGCCGAGUCACUUCUUUGUCCGGACAGCUGGAGGCAUGAGUGUGUCUGUUCCAGAAUUGUCACCAGAAGUAAACAUGUCAGUCAAAGAUCAAAUUAAUUUCAUCCCAUCAGACCCAGUCCCGCAGCUUGAUGGCAAUUCCUUAAGCCAAAAUGAAAGUCCAUCGGUGGAAGGGGCUUCAAAGAAUGAGACUAAUAGAGCGCAGACUUACUUACCCCUUAGUGUUGAACUUGUGGCUGGCCGAGGGCAGACCAGUAUGCCCAGUGAUGGCAACAAAAACAGUGGAAGUGGUGCAAAGGUGAGGAGUUUGCCUCCAUCCCAUACCCUGGCCAUGUCUGCCUCAUUGAUCAAGUCCUACUUCAGCUCAGGGCCAGAGAAGCAGCAGUCUAAGAGUGCAGGAUCUACUCCUGACACUGAGACAUCGGUCAAGACAAAGAUGAUUGGCCUAUGGAAUAAUGUGAAAUAUGGAUGGACAGUCAACCUCAAAACAAACUUUUCUCGAGAUGCUCCAGUCUAUCUCCUCGGACGUGUGUAUCAUAAAAGCUUUGGAGACAUGGAGAAUUCUGAAGAAGAGCUAGAACAGCAUGGGAUAGAAGCUUUCAAAAAGCACUUCCACAGCCUCAUCUGGUGUACAUACAGACGACAGUUCCCAACCCUUCAGAACUCCACUUUGACCACGGACUGUGGGUGGGGCUGUAUGCUGCGUUCUGGACAGAUGAUGCUUGCCCAUGCCCUUAUCCGACACUUCCUAACUCGGGGUAAGCCAGAAGCCUAG